CAGCUUCUUGUUUUCCUGUAAAUUGACCACCCCCAAGGCAGUGUAAUAAUGAUCAGUGUACAUAAUGAUGAGCCGGGGACGGUGUAGGCGUCGCUGGAGUGGUAUAUGAGGGCGAGGAGUGUGAGAGAGGAGAGUAAGGUGGCGGAGCAGCAGAGAGCGGGAAGGGACGCCACCACCACCUCGUGCCUGGCAUCCCGGGCCAGGGACGCCCGCCCCCCUGACGCCACCUUUGUCACCCCCUCGUGUACCUGGUGACCCUUGUCACCCCUGUCUGUGCACCCCGGGGCUGGUGUGUGUGUGUGUGGAGGCGGCCGCCGCCUGGGGUGAGGAAGUGACGGCAAGUGUGGCUAAGUUGGUCAUCCUCUGCUUCCAGCGCAAUGGCCACUAAACAAUCACCAAAAGGACAGGAGCAGAAGAAGGCACCUCUGGAGCAGAAGAAGGCACCUCUGGAGCAGAAGAAGGCACCUCUGGAGCAGAAGUCACCUCUGCAGCCGAAGAAGGCGGCACUGGAGCAGAAGAAGGCACCACUGGAGCAGAAGAAGGUCGUACCAGAACAGAAGAAGGUGCCGGUAACUGCUCCCGAUACAAAAAAAAGGGAACCGAUAGUUAUAACAAUUGAAGAUAAAGACAAUAAAAAGGAUGUGUUGCCUGUCGCUAAAGGAGGAAAAGACUUGCAGAAAAAUGAAAAGGAUGUAAAGAAGGAUGACUCCAAACAGAAAAGUGAUCGCAGUCGCCCAAGAGAAAGAAGUCGAAGCAGAGAUAGGGGACGGUAUAGCCGUGAUGAUAGGUCCAGUCAACGAAAGCAGGAGAAAGAGGUUUGUCGCAACUUCCUUCACAACCGCUGUGAUCGUGGAGCUCUUUGCAAAUAUUACCACCCUAGGUCGUCCAGCAGCUCCCGCUCGGGUCCAGAUGAUUCCGGUCGAAAGAGAAGUCCUGUACGUGCUCCAGGCGAUGACAGCGGAGGCAGAGUUGUCUGCCGUGACUUUGUCCGCAACAUGUGCAAGCGUGGCGAUGAUUGUCGAUUUUACCAUCCUCCAUCAGAGUCUGGCAGUAAAACUCAGCAUAGUUCCUGGCUCACCUUCUGCCAUGACUUCCAAAAUGGACUCUGUUCUCGCUCUGACUGCAGGUUUUUCCAUGUUUCAAAGGAAGAUGAAGCAGUAUACAGGGCAACUGGAGAAAUUGCUCCACUGGUGGUGGACCAAGCGGUGCGCAAAGCUUUGUUCCUGGAUGUGGCUCUUACAGGCACUAGGCCCACCUGCAAGGAAUUCCUGAAAGGAAUAUGCACAAUGCAAAAUUGUCGUUUUCGCCAUCUAAACCAACGGGAAUAUGAAGAUGAAGUCUUUCGUGCCUUGCAAGAAGAGUUCGAGAUUGUUUUGGGGCCUCCAGAGCAACGUCGAUCACCUUCACAUCAAAUUCUCUUGGGCUCCCUGAACAGUUUUCUUGACCCACCAAAGUAUGGUACACCUUCAUUGGACUUCCGUGAUGAUCUACUACCUGCUGAUGACCUGCGCACAGCUCUCUUAUCCCAUACAGAUUAUGAACCAGAUGCCAAGAGGCCAAGGUACUUUCCUGAUGAGCCAUUGUUUUCAUCAAGAGAUGAAUAUGGAGACACUCACAGGCGAUGGGAUGACAGAAUGGACCUUGAUCAAGACACACUUGAAAGGGAAAGAAUUGAUCGGGAGAGAAUUGAACUGGAAAGACUUGAGCGAGAGAGAAUGCAACAGGAGAGACUAGAGCGGGACAGACUUGAUUUAAAUUUAACUGAAACGGAGAGGAUGAUGCAAGAAAUGUACAAUCUGAGAAAUGAUAAUUUAGACCUGAGGAGAAAUUUGGAACAAAAGAUUGGUGACCUUAAAGAUGAACUCAGAUCUGUAAUGCAAGAAAAUGCAAGUCUGCGACAUGAAAAUACAAAGCUCCAAACAGCUGCUAAUGAAGAUACUAUGGUACACAAAACUGCUAUAGAAAAGCUUAAGAUUGCAAACAAUACAUUAUCUGAGGAGAGCAGGAAUGCUCAAGAACUUGCUCGUCGACUGGAGAUGGAGAACAAUGUGAUACGUAAGGCUUUAGAAGUUAAACAAAAAACUAAUAAUGCUCAUUUAGAGAAGAGAUUGGAUACACUGGAAAAAGAUAAUAUCCAAAUCCAAGAUGCAUUAAAUAAGGCCAAUGCUAAUAUGAAAAAGAUCCAAGAAGAAAAGAUUAAAAUAGAAAAUGAGUUGUCAGACUUCAGGAGAAAGUCUCGUAAUCAACCAUCUGGAGGGAGGAAAGAUGGACAGCAAAACAAUUCUGGCUUUAACCAAAGGAAUGAUUACUCCAGAGACACGGUGGGAAAAAAUCGACAACAGAUGGGAAUUUCAGACUCUAUUCUGGAUAACAGGAUGGACCAGGAUAUGCAAGGUUCAAGUGGAAAUGCACGUGGUACAGGUAGGUAUGGUACAGGUACAUGGGUAACGCAGGGCAAAGGGCAGUACAAUACAGGUUAUAGUUCAAGAGGUCAAGACACUCGUAGUUCAGAUGUGCAAGGGCCAAAUACGUGGCAGGAAGCAGAUCAGUCUCUCGCGUGGGGAGCUGGAGGUGCUCCACAAUCUUGGGCUGACCUCAAGAAUCAAAAUGCCUCUGUUCCAUCAGCUGAUACAGGUCUUUCCAGGGGUCAGGGUCAGGGACUUCUUGGGGAGUAUCAGCCUGUGGAUGAUCGCAUGAGACAACAAAAUUCCUCUGCUUCACGUGGAACUGGUUAUCAAACUGCUCUAGGAGCUUCUGGAAUGUCAAACAUGCAAGACUAUGGGGACCAGUCACAUUCACAGGGAUCUGCACGAGGAUUUAAGGACACUCUCCAGACAGGAAACCAAUAUUCAAGUCAGAGCUCUUCACGCUUUGAUGGAAGAGAUUAUGGUCUGUCUGGUUACGACAACGAAACCAGAAAGCCGUAUGGGGCUGGCAACCGUUCUUUAAAUUCCUCUUCGCAUUGGAUGUCGGGUGGAUCAAGUGACACUGGAGAUGGAAGAGGUAAAGGAAAUAACCAGUCUUGGAACAGGAAAGGGAAGAAUUACUAAUUAAAAGAAACAAAAAUUCUUUUAAGGUUUUGGAAAAAUUGUUGUAAAUAUUCUCUUUCAAGAAUACUGUCUUUUGUUAAUUUAAGUGAAUGGUCUUCAGAGCCCUUGACCAUUGAAACCUCAUUCAAUGACCAGAUAUUUUAAAUAACGCACAUUAUGAGUUGCAGCAUUUUAUUGGCAUAUAUACAUUGCAUAUUGUUACUCUAAUGCAUGAUUACCCUGAAACAAUAUAGCUGGAAGUUGACCAAGUAUCUUUCUUGUUCUUUAUUGUAAAUAUUGAUAUUAAAUAAUUGUAAUUCAUACAGAGGAUGCCAGCUCCCGUAUUCCAACUAUGCUAUCAACACAAUUUUUUUAACUAAAGUGAAAGUGAAUAAUCUAUCAAAUUAGUGAACAGUUCAUUGCUGCACUUGAUUUAUUAAGUCAAUUCUAAGUUAAUUGUUUUCUUGCAAAUCUUGUAGCUUUAUAAAUUUUGUAGAUCUAAGAAAGUAACAAGCUUUACAUAUCUUGUGGCCUAUUAUGCACUGCUCUAUAUUAAUUAUAUUUACUAUGUAAACCACAGCAAGCUUAUGCUGGGAAUAGAUUCAAUGUUCCUGAAUCUUUAUUAAAAUAAUUGAAAAUUUAAAGCUGUACAAUAGGAUAGCAGUCGUGGUAAAAAUACUAAUUUGACUAUACAACAAAAACAAUAAUUACCCAAACUCAGUACAUGUGUGUGCAAUUAAAUAAAAACAUUUAAAAGUUGCUUGCCAUUUUUUAAAUUGUAAUUUUUUUUCUUAGGCCUUCAUACUCGUAUGAAGCAUCCUCAGUUCUGAUAGAAAUUAAUAAUUUGUUUUAAUUUUGGUGACCAGAGUACUACAGGUAGGAGUCCUGCAGCUUAAGUGCAUUUGAAGGUUCCAUGGUUUUUAAGUACAGAUGUGUUUUUGGGAAUUUGCCUAGAGCACGAAGAGGUGGGGCAGAUUUCCUCGAUUUUAUUUAUUAGAAUUAAAUAUGCAUAAAUCUUUGGUUUAAAAACUUAGUUCAUCCUCACGUUUACAAAAUCUUCAAAUGAGAGCGUUGAUAUCCUUGUUUUGUGCUUAUGUGGAAAACAUGAUAUGGAUAUUGUGUUUAGCAUGUUAGUUAUUUGUAUGUUUGUGUGCAUAAUGUAAGACUACAACACUAUUUACAAGUACAGUAUACCAUGUUUGUAAAUGAUAAGAAAUAAUGGUUUUAUUACAAGCCUGUACAAGUAUCUGUAAGGUGAUUGAUCCCAAACUGAGUAUCCUAAUUGCUAAGAUAACCAAAGAGGGCAUAGUGUGUGGCAUCUGUUAAGUCCUCCAAGGUUAUUGCUUGAGCAGCAGCAGCAGCAUCUGUUGUGUCAGGUGUUAUUGUCAUUGUAUUGGAAUAAAUGUUUAGAGUAAA